GUCUUGGCGCGUUGAUGCGCGCACGAGCUCUGGAACGUCGUGGACGAAUUGAGCGAAUCAGAGCCACAUCCGAUGAGGUCACUUCGACUCGGCUGCAGGACCGCGAUGCCUCUCGGACUCUCUCUCCGGUGCCUUGUCCCGUUUCUGUUCGCCUUCUUUCUUCGUUGCUCCGUUACAUCGUUCCGUCUCUUCAUCCUCUGUUAUUCCCUCUGCUGUUUUUUUUUUCUCCUUGUCUUUCUAGCGCCCGUUUGCCGUUCACACGAGAUAUUUGGAGUUGCUUUAUUUCAUCGCGAUAAGAUCGUUACGGGGAAACUGAAAUUGGACGUAAAAAGCCGACUUGUACGCCGAGACGAGGUAAGGAAGGAAGAUUGAAGAUUCAGAUACUCGUCCACGUAUAAUGUCGUCGCCGUAGCGUAAUGAAGAGAUUUCUAAUGACCGUGAUAACGACCAACCAAACGAUAACGACUGUCGCGAGCGCUACGAGGCUACAGGAGGAUCGUUGGAGCGCAAAGUGGUGGAAACUCGAAGGAAGACGGCGCGAGGAGAGGUAACAGAAGAAGAAGCGAAGAAGCCGUGGCACGUGACCCCGAGACCGGCAGAGUCAACUCGCUCAAGUAGCCGGGCCCUGCCCUUUGACCCAACCGACAAUUUCGAAUUAUGUCUCUCCGAGAGAACGGAUAUACUCCCGUCAGAGACGACAGAGAGGUGCCUUUUACUUGGCCGCUCUUCCCGUGCUUCUCUAGAUGAAACAAAAUUUUGAUAUUCUCUUCAAAGUAUGAAUUGAAAACGGGAUAAUUAUAAUGUACUGUGUGUUUCACAACGUAGAAACUGUAAAAGAUAUCGCAUCAACGACCAUGAACGAAAUUUUCUCACAAUUGCAGCCUCUAUAUCUCCCAGUAAGCCUCGAGUCUAAAACCGAAACGUUAGAUGCUGGUUAGAGGAUCGACGAUCCCGUGGCUCGUGCCAGGCAAGACGGAGAAUCCCUGGAGUCCGCGAUAUGCGCAGUUGUUCUUCCCUGAGGAAGACAAAUGAUCCACUCGGACGCGAGACAGUUAGCGUAUCUGCGGGGAGGCUUCAGCAUGGACCACGAAGAAGAAGAAGAAGAAGAAGAAGAAGAGGAGGAAGAAGAAGAAGAAGAAGAGGCAGAAGAAGAGGAGGAGAAGAUGCGUUCCUCUGUUGUCCAGGGAUCAGCACGGCAAAUGUGCGCGCGCCUUCGGGCAGGCGGACUCGCUUGAUCCCGUGCCAUUACGAUAUUAAUGUAAUGCCGCUAAAAAGUCACGGCCAGUCGCGACCUCGUAUCUUUAUUCGGUCAUGCAGCGAACGAGAGCGGCAGGCAAACGAGGAUAUAUUCGCUUCGGACUCGAGCGGCGAUCGCGAGCCCGACGCCGACGCCAGCCGUCGCUGAGAGUUCCAGAGGGAAAGUUGCAACCCUUUUUUAGCUAGAGGGUAUACACGUUGGAAUAGUCGUUUUGACGUAAUUGCAAAAACUGGACUGACCUGUUUCGAUACCUCUAUGCUCGCUGGAGGACAUCUUCUGCCGGUCUUAUCUUUCGAGCAUCGCGUGCAAUUCUCUGUCGUGCGAUGAUAAAAUUGUCGCGUCGCGGGCUGAGAUUAAAAUCAAAAUACAUCGGAUGUUGUUUUCAGCGUUGCCGUAAUCAGGAUCAAUUAAAGAAUGAAAUUUUCCUGGACAGAAUAACUCGAUGCUGGUGGAUAACUUUUUUGCGCCUACGGACCACGGAUAAUCCAGUUAGUCCUGACACGAAGAUACUUGUCUCAAGGACGUGAAAAGAAAGAAGACGAGCCUGGUAGACUCGAUUAGCCAUCUUCGAGUGCUCUAUUAGCGAGCUGGUAUAAGAAGGCGCUUCCAGCUUCCAGGUGUGCGCCGCGUUUCGUGCGAGCAGCGGCUUUUUUGUGUGAUCAUCCUUCUUGCGGUUUCUCCUCCCUUCGUUGCCUCGAAGACAGACUAUCACGCUGCCUUUCAAACCGUAAUACGCGUGACGAGCUUCUGGCACGCGUCGAAACCUGCACUUAACGAACCUACCGCUCUGGUGCCCCUAAUAUUACGCACCGCUAAAAGCGGAUAUUUAUCCCUGUGCGUAAGCAGGAUGCUCGUGGCGUCGAAAUACAACGCGUGCCACGUUCGUGCCUCUAUUAUUCAAUGAGAGCAAAAGUCGUCGUAGAAGGGGAGCUACUGAAAGCAACGAUACCACCUGUGUUUCCCGCUAGAAAUUCGAUACCGAGGUAUACAUAGGAUUAUGCGUAUCACGGUGAAUGGAAUAUCAUGUGCGUUCAAUCUGGGGAACUCUAUAGCGGCUUACGUGCCACCGAGUGUAGCUCUGCAACUUUGUUGUUUGCGUUUACAAUUGAAAUUACUUUACACGCGCGUUUCGAUUCGCAACAGCUACAAAAAGGUGAAGAUUCGAUGAAGAGGAUCGGUAACGAAGCCAGGACGAUGCGGGGGCAGCGUGUUUACGGUAAAAGUCAUCCAACCCAGGAGAGUAUCGACCUCAACCUUCCGGCGUUCUUCUCGGUCGCUCGGCCGUCCUUCUUUCUCUUCCUUGGGCGCUCCAAUUUCAAGGUCGCGACGCGUCGUAGCCCGGUCGAAAAUUUCCGCAGCGAUUGGCCGCAUACUUCCGGCGGCGAAAUCGGUCCCUGUCGCGAACGACACGACGGGGUCGUCGGUUAGGUGUACAUAUCGAGGCGCGCGAGGGAGCGACCGAUCGAGCAAGAAAAGGAGAUAAACUUGAAGCAGAGUUACCGGGACGAGCGUGAAGUCGAAGAGAAACGCAAUAAGAGAUGAAGAAGAAGAAGAUGAAGAGGAGGAACAGGAGGAAGAAGAAAAAGAGAAGGAAGAAAGAAGGAGAGACGCGCUCUCUCUGGCGUGGGGGUGCGCCCACGCCGGUGACGUCACCCGGCGAACGUUGGCAGUGUUACCGGCGAUCAACGCGUUGGUGUUCGAGCCUCCUUCGCGAGGAGAAGAAAGAGGGAAGAACAGAGGAGAAAAAGAGAGACAUCGGGCGCGUGGAGGAAGGGAAUCGUCGCAGAGGAGGUGGUGGAAGAGAGAGGAAAUAAGGGAGAGAUAACAGAGAGUAAAAGGGAAGGAAGUAACGGGUGAUGAGAGGAGCAAGCGGGUAGGAUGGCGAGUGGAAGAAGAAUGAACGAAAAGAAGAGAGAUCGGGGAGCGUUGGUGCGUUGCGAGGAAAAGGGACCAGAGUGGCGGGCGGGAGCAAGGGCGGGGGAAAGGAAUGAAUGGAAAUCGCGGAGAGACACGCGGGAGAGACGGAUGAUUCGAAAGGAGCGGAUGAGAGGAGAACGGGUUGCGUUGCCGGUGUGCGGAGAAAGAGAGGAUGAAAGAACGGGACGGAAGAGGAGAGGAUCGCACCGGGGCGAGGAUCUCGGCGUCCGGAGUUCCAUAAGGGAGGGGAAGCAGGCGUAUAGGUGAGCAGCGCGAACAGUAUCGGGAGUAUGCACGGGGUGAUGUCGACGACACGUGACGCCAGCGAAUCUCGUCUCGCCGGUCGCGAGGAUCGCCACCGCCGUCACCGCCACCGCCACCGUCACCGCCACCCGCAGCAACACCACCAGGAGCACCAGCAGCCGCGGCAGCAACAGCCUCCUCGCGCGCUCUCUCCGCGCGCGCGAGCGCUCUCUCGAGGCGACCGACCACUUCCCGCGCGAGCCGCUCUUUAUUAGUCUACCGCGGACCAUCGCGAACCCCUUUGGCUGCCUCACGGCUCCACCAUCCUCCAGACACGUAUUCUUCCAACACCGGAGGAUCCUCCAUGGCACUAGACGGCUCCUGACUGCUGGACAGGAAAACGUUUUAAGAGCGACACGGAGACGAAACUGUUGCAGAAAAGAGGUUCGAGAGGAAGGGAGGACCGAGUUGGUGUCGACGCGGAGGAGGAGGACGAAGAGAGCGAGAAAGAGCAGGAUCUUCCAGUGAUACGAUACCGGGCAGCACGCGCGCCGCGCCGGUACGUCCGCUUUAUCGGCUGCGAACCACGAGCGAACCUCGUCCUCUGCUCGAAGCGCGCGAAACGUUUCUUUCUCAUCGUGUACCGGUGUGUCGAUUCGAACAUCGGAUCGUUCGUAACAAAGUUUCAGUUCGCAAACCUUUUCGUUAUCCGGUGCUUGGAUAAGUUUCGGACACCGAGCAACUUCGUCGCGGAAAAGAUUUCUCUGGCGCUUUCUUCUUCAUCUUGGGAGAAAUUUGAUCCACCGGUGUGAAGCUUUCUACCUGUCGUCCAAGCAACCGAGGAACAACGACGUAGGAUUUCGUUCAAACAGCCUGGCUUGGAAAUCUCUUCUUAUCGACUGUCCUCGAGUGGAAACGCAAACAUCUCGGCUUCUGUCGAACGCUUCCGCGAGUGUCGUACUCACAAGGCGAGGAACAGAUCGAUCGCGACAGUGGUUCGUUGACGUUUUGUCCAGCUAUAUACUUCCUGUAGCAGCUGACUGUCGGUCGGUUGGUUGAUUGUUAUUGCUCUUUCUCUUCUUCCGAUCGUGUCCGCCGCGAGCAUCGAGAACUAGCGGACGCGACGGGACGCGACGGGUGACGCGUGCGUCUCGGUGACGUGACAUGUGCGAUAGCCUGGCCGCCACUUCGUUAUCGUGCUCGUCCUCUUUGUCGUGCUGGUCAUCGUCGAGGCGAAGAAAAGGGUGUUGUCGGUGGACGGCCGUUGCCGAGCGGGAAGAAGAAGAAGAGGAAGACAAGGGCAAGAUCAAGAGGAGGAAGAGCACGUGGACGACUGGCACCGCGACGAGGGCCGGCGGCGCGACAGGUUGAAAAGAUGCUGGCACUGGCGAUGCGCCGCGAACACACGACCGGCCGCAGCAAUUACGAGCCCGCGAAUCCGCUCGCGGGUUUCGAACAUUUGCAGCACAACAGCGGUAACCCGUUCGCGGUGGUGCCCUCGUCGUCGGAGGGCAGGCUGCGCGAGCCUGGCCCGGAACCCGACGGCGAACUCCAAGAAUUCGUAGACAUCGCUCAGGUUCAACAGUUGCUGCAGCAGCAGCAACAACAGCAGCAGCAGCAACAACAACAGCAACAACAGCAGCAGCAACAACAUCACCACCACCAUCAUCAGCAACAAGUGGCGGCAGCCGCGGCUGCGUCUUGUAUCUGGGGAGCGGUGUAUCCACCGCCACCCCCUACUUUGGGAUACCAUCAUCACCAUCAUCAUCACCACCAUCCACCGCCAACAGCGUCAGGCGAGGACACGCAGUGCGGUACCGAGGAGGUUGCCGCUGCUAGCCAAGCAGGCGACCCGCUCCAGAGGAUGACGAUGGACGGCAUGGAAGUGGUGGGCACGCAGCCCCACGCGGCCAGCCCGUUUAUGCUCUCGCCGCCACCCCUCGGACAUCAUCAUCAUCACCAUCAUCAUGCUACCUUCAAUCUGCAGACGGUGCAGCUCAGCUUCGACGCCUGUUUACCUUACAACACGGCUACCUCGUCGAAUUCGAUCGUUUGCGGAAUUGGCGGUACCUCGACGCCGCCUGUCACCACCUGUACCCCGUCAACCAGCUGUAACAAGACGAUACCUACCCUAUCGUUGGCCCCCUGCGUACCUCUUCAACCGCAGCAGCAAAAUAAUACCGAUUCUUCGGACCACCAUGUCCGACAACAUCAUCAUCACCAUCAUCAUCAACAACUCGAGGACCAUCAGCAUCAUCGACACGUUGAUGCUUCCUCGCCGUCGAGCGACUCGACCGAUGGAAAACGACGAUUGCAGUCCGUCAACGAGGAGAAGGACCUGUCCAGGGAUUGCAGAGACGAUCUCCAGGAGCCUAACGAGAAGGAUAAACCAGGUGACCUAAACACGCCGGUUACCACCAGCAGCGAUUUACCGUCCUUCUUCGGCCCCUCCGCGCUCGUCGAGCCACCUCCUAUUUCAGGCAGCCUGGCGGAUCAGGACCUAUCCCUGGAAGAGGCGACAGCGGAGGACGACGAGACGGCGACCUCAGCCAGCAGGGAUCAUCGACACCACCAUCACCAAGAGUCGCAUGACACCGGUACGCCUGGCGCACCUCCAUCCACUAGUCCACCCCGUCAUCAUCAAGCUCAAGAGGACGCGGAUCGUUGCAACGUCUUGCAAGGCGGUGUCAUUCUUUACUCUUCCCCUCAUUCCACGUCCUCGGUCUCCUCGGCGCCCGCCUCCAGCGUCAACAUCUGCAACGCGUCAACGUUAACCUAUCGAGGAGUCUUCACCACCACCUGUACCCAGUCUUCGCCCCUGAACACUCUGCAGAAUCAACAACAGCAGCAGCAGCAACAACAACCGACCAGCCAAGAGCUCUGGGGUCCUUUACCCUCUCCGACCUUGACCUUGACGGGUCAAACGUUUCUUCACCCCACCCUGCACGCGGCUCCGUACGGCAGCGAGACCGUCGAACUUUUGCCGGUCGAGUCGAAGCCACCCCCGCCACCAGGUUACCAUGACACGCCAACCACCACCCCGGCACCAUGGUUGACGGCGCACGAGGAGGCUUACGACCCGAAUCUCCUGUCCCACCACCACCCCCAUCAUCACCAUCAAGAGACCACGUUGAAACAAGAACCUACCGGAGCGAGCGGAUACGGGCCAGCGGUUCAACAACAGCAGCAGCAGCAACAGCAACAACAACCUCAACCGAAUCAACAGCAGCAACAGCAGCAACCACCCUCGUCGGCCGGUACGACCGGCGUGCAACUGGCGGAAUACAACCCCAGCACGUCCAAGGGCCACGAGAUUCUAUCUCAGGUUUACCAGCACAGCACUCUACCGCUCAGGUUGGUCCCGGUAAAACCACGAAAGUAUCCGAAUCGACCGAGCAAAACGCCGGUGCACGAGCGACCGUACGCUUGCCCCGUGGACGGCUGCGACCGCAGGUUCUCCCGCAGCGACGAGCUGACCCGGCACAUUCGCAUACACACCGGUCAAAAGCCGUUCCAGUGCCGUAUCUGCAUGCGUUCCUUCUCCAGGAGCGACCAUCUAACCACUCACGUGAGAACGCACACCGGCGAGAAGCCGUUCUGUUGCGAUCAAUGCGGCCGCAAGUUCGCGAGAAGCGAUGAAAAGAAACGGCACGCUAAGGUUCAUUUGAAACAGAGGCUGAAGCGCGAGGCGACCCACGCCUCCGCCAGAAAUCACCCGCAGAGCCACGCUUCGCCGCCUUGUAAUCAGUAAAGGAAGAAAGAAAAGGUCUGCUCUACUCUCGUCAACGAGCAUUCCUUCUAUUUUGUUUAAUUCUCUACUUGCCAGGCGACGAGGAAACGACGGAGACCUUUAGGCGGAACACACAGACUGCCGUCACCGACUGAUCCGUCAUCGAUCGUCGUCGGCUCGCCAGCUGUCCAACGAGCGUGGCCGAGAAAUGAAGAGAAACAGAGAGAUCGAAGGGAUUGGCCCUACGUAUCCGACGGCAUUUUCGACGGUGUAACGACGCGUGAUACCGAUUUUUCGGACCGUAGUACGUAAGAAUCGCGCAAGGGGUUUUCAUAAAAUCCUUGUACAUACGUGGACAAUUUUUAUUUUUCAAAUUUCAGUGAAAUUCCGUAUCCCUGGCACCGCGUCGCUUGAACCGCGACAGGCUGUGACUAGACGCGUGGAAACGAAUCGAUCGAAUCUUCUCUCCUGAUCUCUGUUCUUUACCGAGAGGACGAUUGAGAGAACCCGAGAUUGCAGUAUAUCGGAUAUGUGUAUUCAGACGAAUCAUGUUCACGCAUUUUUAUUUUUAUUUUUAUUUUUUCUUUCUUUCUUCUCCUUUAAGCUCUUCUCGUUUCCAUCUUUUGCCUGCGGUGGAAGGUGCUGCGUGGAAGAAGCAGUCGCUAGUUGCAUUUAGCUCGCAGAAAUGAAUGGUAGCGAAAAUUCUAGCCUUACCAGGUACUGUUAGCUUGUUUAUCUCGUCGACGGUCAGUAUCAGUCCCCGAACGCGAUGUUCCAUAUGGGAGAAAGAGAAAAAGAGAAGGUGCGAGAGAGAGAGAGAGAUAGUUAGAAAGAAUAUUCGAAACGAGCAACGCGUUGGGGAUCGUUAUUUACGGCGGUCGCGUUUUAUACCCUUGUUUUGCGAUCGAGAACGAAGAUGCAGAUGCGAAAAUCGGCGUUAACCGCGCGUAGAUAUACGUACACGAAAUAUUCCCCGGUGUCACGAAAUAUACUGCAAGCACGUUCUCGAACUGAACGACGUAGAAUCGAUACCGCCCGCAGCUUCCGGGUAUCAGGGGAGGAAUUCAUUGAAGGAGAAAAAAGAAACGCGUUUCAUUCUCAAUCGUAUGCAAACAAGCGCUUUAAGGGAAAAAAUGGUGGCGUGCUCUUCUUAAAACGAUCAGGGAUCGCGGAUCGAGCCUCUUAGUAGUCUCUCGUGAUCGAAACCGGUCAAUGAUUUCCGACAUUUUCCAUCCGAGCGUUCGUUCUUUCUUCGGCGAAGAACCAUGAAUCGAUUCAAUAAACUCUCUGGAGAAAAAUAUUUUCUAAAAUGGUAUUUUUAUAAACUCGCUCGGGGAUGAUAAAAAUCGAAGGCCGUAUUAUCAAUAUAAGUUCGAUGAUCGAUGAAAGAACGAAACACGCGCCCUGAUCUCGUUGCAAGAAGCGGUUAAGGAUAGCCGGACAACCGGCAAACACAUUCUUGCGUCCUCGAACCUCGUGUCUUUCAAUCAUACGAACAAAAACAAUCGCUUCUUUAUCAUCGUCCUCUACCUCUCGAACGCGAUCACUCGUUCCUACAUCCUUCCUGAUCCGAACUUGUUGAAUCUCCGACUUAUCCCUAGUCCCUAUUCCUACGUUUCCUCGGUUAUUCAAAAAUCAAGCCCGAUUUCUUUCAUCGUCCAACGAGUAAAUUGUAAUUAGUCGUGAUCAUUGUUGUUGAAGCGGAGUUUCCUUUUGUAAAUAUGUAUAUAAACGUGUUAUACAUAUGUAUACAUAGGCUAUGUCUAAUCGAACGAGUAGAGGCAUUGAAAGUGAGAAAGAGAGAAAGAUGGAGAACCCCGUAAAAUCUUUCACUUUCCUCCUUUUAAUCUUGCCGCCCUACUUUCCCCUCUCCUUUCCUCUCCGCCCGUCCCUCCUCACCAUCGCGAUCGUUUUACGUGUAUAAAUAUGAGUUUAGCGACGAUUAAUAUUAUGUAUAUGUUGCUCUAUUUAUUAACAAAAAUCUCUAUAUAUACAUAUAUAUAUAAAAGAGGAUAUAUAUAUAUUGUUAAAAUUAAAGGAUUAUUUUUAUUAUGAUUAUAUUCUAAUUAAUAUUAAUAACGAUUAUAUAAUAAUUAUUAAACGCGCGCAAAGCGUAGCUGCGGAUCCAGACGUUCUAAAUGCGCUCUGUACCUACGGACGAUAGUUGCACCGACGUGUGCGCGAUAUUAUCCUCUAUUGUUCUAGAUAGGUCGGAAAAUAUGUAGGCAGAGGAGCAUGUACGCGCACGCGCUUUUCCGUGGAAUAAAAAUGUCGAGAGAGAGAAAGAAAGAAAGAAAGUGAUUACGUAUGGAUGUGUAUAUGUGUGUAUGUCUGAGAGAGAACGACAAAGAGAAAAGGAUAGAGUGAAAAAAAUGAAAUAACGAAGAAAGAGGAAUUAGAGAGGACAGUUUUUUUACAAAUGAUAUUACUCUAUAGUUGGAUAAAUUAUGUGUAACUAUUAUACAUACGGUGCUCCAAGUGCUAUGCACAGAAAAAGAAUCUCUCAACUACCUGUAUAUUUGUGUUGUAAUCAUCGUUGCCGUUUAAUCUGGCCGAUUCCCUACGACGAUUAUUAACAAAAAUACAACGUUAACAUUGAACAGUAA